AUAGCAGUCAGAGUUAUACCAGCUAGAAGGCACUCCCUUUGACUUUAUCUGCAGCUCCAUUUCUUCCACACACAGGGCAAAUACAGGAGCUUGACAUGACUUCAAUGGCUGAUAUGAAUGGAACACAUGCAGCAAAGGAGCUCGUGAGUGGCUCCAGCAGCUCCUGGCAGAAUGAUGGUUCAAGAGUAGUUCAAAUCAUAGUUACCCUGCUCAUCUUCCUGGUGGGCGUACCUCUGAACGGGCUGGUGGUUUGGGCACUUGGAUUGCGGAGUCGCCGUCACCUGGUGCGUAGAGGCAGUGGUGAGGAAACACGUGCUGCCAGCAGUUUCCGCGUCUACGUCAUGAACCUGGCAAUAGCUGACCUGGUGCUGCUCCUGCGGACCCCCCUUAUGCUGGGCUACGUCAUUCACAACUACAGCUGGCCGUUUGGUCGAGUCUUCUGCCACCUGAUUAUGUUCCUGCGGGGCCUUGGACUGUACGCCUCCGCUUUCCUCCUCUGUGCUGUGGCUCUGGAGCGAUGCUUGUGCCUGCUGAGGCCUGUGUGGGCUCGACUGCGACGGCCCUCCUGGGCUGUUCCUCUCGCCUGUGGCCUCUUAUGGCUGCUAGCUACCAUCCUGUCUGUCCCUUACCUUCACCUCGCUGUCCUGAAGGAAAUCAAUGGGACUCACCAGUGCCUGGAGAGUGACACGUUUAACACGGGCUUGUUUGUCACAGAAACUGUAGCAGGUUUCAUUUUGCCCCUGCUGGUUUUCCUGGGAAGUAAUUUGGCUGUUUUGCUCACCAUUAAGCAAGCAGUGCCCCCAACACCCACCUCCUCCUCCGCCCCUUCAAAUACCCGCAGGAUGACCAGGAUGUACCACGUGCUCUUUUUCACCAUGCUCCUCUUCCUUACCUGCUGGGUGCCCUAUUUUGUUUGUCGGUUUCUGCUGGCUCUGGCCAGCAAACAAGAUUCUGCACUAUAUAAACCAGCACUUUAUGGCAAAUACAUAUCUCUGUUCUUGGUGUACGUAAAGAGUGCUCUGAACCCAGUGCUGUAUGUGUUUGCUGCCAGAGGCUUAAGCCGUGCAAUCAAAGAUUCAGUUGUCUCCACUAUUGAACGACUUUUUAAUGACGACUCCAUUGACUCCAUACGAAGGAAGUCACUUAAGAACUCGCAGAUGUAGCAGAAAUGUCCACAAUGUUUUGAUAUUUUGAUUUCAAAUUUUAACUCAGCAUUACUUUGAAAUAGCCAAUUUCUCAGUUUGUGCAAACUCCUCAACUCACCUAAAACUGAGCUGUGUAAAUAAAAUAUGGAUGUUAUUAAAAGGGAAAGCGGUUGUACUUCAUGCCAAUGUUUUCCUAAUGAGCCUGAAAGUCACAGACCAUCAAGAAAUAGAUGGCUGUCUUCAUUUUUUACAAGUAGAGAUGUGAUCAUGGUGAGUGAUUUGACUAUAAAUACAGUGAUCUUAAUUGGAUCUCUGACUGCACACACUUGGUAUUUCUUUAGUGAGCAAGCACUUUGAGUAUGGGGAUUGCCUCUGAUGGGGAAGCCUUUGUACAAAAAAUAAUAAUAGUUUAAAGACAACAUCCCAUGAUUUGUCAGGACACAAAAAUGCAAAAGUAAGAACAUAUAACUCCUCUAAAAAUGAUUCAGGCCAGGUUUCUUCUUUCAUCUAGAACAAGAAACUGCUUCUGUUUGGGAAUGCUAAAGGCAGGGUCCUAAUGUGCAACAAAAAUUAAUUCAUCUUGUCUACUGAUCCAUAGGCAGGAAAAACCUUCAUGGUAAAAUAUAAACCAAUGACAUCAUUUUAUUGCCUGGUUCCUGGCUCCAAGGUAACAUUUUUUACAUGGAUUCCUCGAAGUUAAUGCAUCAUUAGCUUGCAUGAACUGUCUUAGUAUGGGCCAGGUCCAAAGACGCAAGUGAUACUUCAGUCUGUUAAUACCCUGCAUACUGGUGAUUGGUGGUUUGACCACAUUCCAAAGUGUCCUUGAGCAAAAUACUGAAUCCGAAGUUCCUCCCAAUGUGUGAGUGUGAAAAGGUAAACAAAAAAACACUGCAAAGCGCUUUGAGUACUGCUGAGGCAGGAAAAUGUUUUUUAUGUCUGGACUGCUUACAUAUCUCAAUUUAGUUGUACCUAAUAACCCACUGAAUGUACUGCAAGCCUGUAGGCUCACAACAUGACGAGUAUGAAGUAAAUGUGUUGCAGGAUGCUUAUCUCAUUUUGAAUGUACCAGGUCAAUGACUGGACUUGUCUUUGUUCACAGUUUUUGUCUAUACAAGCAUGCCUAGUAUUUUAUUGUUAAAAAUGUAUCCUGAUGUGUUUGAGACAUGUAUUAGCCCUCAGUUUAUAUUUGUUUACAGAGUGUAUAAUUUCAUUUGAAAAAGCAACGAGUCUUUAUUUGCAUGUACAGUAUUUUUUAAUAAAGUUUUUUGUCCUGGUAUUUACCCUCAAAUGACAA